UCCAUCCAUCCCCUGCUUUUCGUCCUUUGCAUCCACCCUCACAGAGAUCUUCUUAUACAGUUACUAUAGAAUUUGUUUUUUCCCUCCCCUCUCUCCCGUCUCCUUUGCAUCAUCCAUCCAUCCCCUGCUUUUCGUCCUUUGCACCCACCCUCCCCUCUUCCCACUCUCAGGCACCCAGCAAGCAAGCACAAGGGUGAGAGAGAGAGGGAAGGUGCAUUGCCACUUGCCAAGCUGGGGCGGGCACCCAUGCUAGGAGUAGCGGUGUUGAUGGCUGAUUAGCGGUAGGCUAGUGGUGCAGGAGGUGAGGGUGGAGGAAAAGGUUUGGGAAGACAGGCAGGCAGACAAAAAGGGUAAAUCAGGGGAGGAGGAGUAAAGGCGGAGGAGAGAGAGUGAGGGGAAUCCAAUCCAGUCCAGUCCAGUCCAUUCCGUGCCAGGUUGGGACUUGGGAGCAGGGAAGUACUGCGCGCGAAGCAAAGCCAGAGCGACCAGAGCAGAGGUCCAGGCCGCCGAUCGGAUCCGGCCGGAGCCGCCGCGCGCAUUCCGGAGUAGAGGAGAGGCUCCCCGCCCUCGCUCGAUACACACUAGGGAUGGAUCGACGAAGCUGGCCUUGGAAGAAGAAAUCUUCUGAUAAAUCAUCAAACACAGAUGUGUUACAGAGUUCCAAUCAAGCAGAACAGGAUGAAAAAGUUCCAAAAUUUGUGCAUAUUUCAUCAGAAAGAUAUGCACAUCUUACUAAAUCAGAAGAACAAGUCGGAACACUGAAUGAAAAGAUAAAUGUCUUGAAUGAAAAAGUAUCUGCGACACAAAGUGAGAUUGCCACCAAAGAUGGUCUAGUAAAGCAGCAUGCUAAAGUGGCUGAAGAAGCUGUAUCAGGUUGGGAGCAAGCUGAAGCAGAGGCCUUGGCACUGAAACUUCAACUGGAAAGUGUUACAUUGUCCAAGUUAGCAGCUGAGGAAAGAUCUUCUCAUCUGGAUGGUGCUCUAAAAGAAUGCAUGAAGCAGGUGAGGAUAGUGAAGGAAGAAAGUGAGCAAAAGCUGCAUGAUGUUGUGUUUGCAAAGACCAAACAGUGGGAGAGGAUAAAAGCUGAACUAGAAGAAAAAUUAGCUGAGUUUGAACAGGAGCUGAUUCGAGCAGGUGCUGAGAAUGAUGCGCUAUCAAGGUCUCUUGAAGAACGAACAAACUUGCUGAUGAAAGUUGAUGAGGAAAAAGCUCAAGCAGAAGCCCAGAUCGAAGUGUUGAAGAGCACUAUCCAGUCGGGUGGAAAGGAGAUAAACUCUUUAAAGUAUGAACUACAUGUUGUCUCCAAAGAGCUUGACAUUCGCAAUGAAGAGAAGAACAUAAGUGUGCGUUCAGCUGAUGUAGCAACCAAACAACACAUGGAGGAUGUCAAGAAAAUAUCAAAACUGGAAGCAGAAUGCCAAAGAUUGCGUGGCCUUGUUGGGAAAAAGUUACCUGGGCCUGCUGCAUUAGCUCAAAUGAAGAUGGAAGUGGAUAGCUGGGGCAGAGAUCAGGGGGAUAACAGAUUGCGGCGUUCCCCUUCGAGGAGUUCUACCUUCCAAUAUCCUGCGUCCCCAUCUCCUGGUUAUGCUAUUGAAAACCUGCAAAACACGCAAAAAAAGAAUGAAUAUUUGACUGCACGUCUAUUGUCGAUGGAAGAAGAAACCAAGAUGUUAAAAGAGGCAUUCUCAAAGUGUAAUAACGAGCUACAGGCAUCAAAAAAUGUGGGUGCUAAGACAGCAGCCAAGCUCCGCAGUAUGGAACUUCACAUGUUGAAUGCUAACCUGUAUAAGAGUCCAACAAAUUCAUGCAUCGAUACCUCCUUUGAUGGUGCAUCAAGUCAGAAAGGAAGCAAGCCACCAAGUUUGACUUCCAUGUCUGAAGAUGGUGUUGAUGAUGCAAAAAGUUAUGAGGAGUCUUGGGUCAACACUUUGAUGUCUGAGCUCUUAAACUUCACGAAAGAUAAAGCAGGUAGGCACAAUUUGACAGAAAACUCAAAUCAAAUGGGCCUGAUGGAUGACUUCCUAGAGAUGGAGAGAUUGGCAUGUUUGCCUUCUGAAGCUGAAGGAUGUGGCAACAUUGUCGACAAGAAAAAGGUUGGUAAAGUUGAGGCGACUCUCUCCAAUGUCACUACAAAUGAGAGCGACAAAAAUUCAUUGCCAGCUCCACAGUCAGUGGGUUAUCCAUCUAGCAGCGUGCAUCUGACUGAUAACUCUCAGUUUUACAAACUGCACUCGAUAAUUUCUACCUUGUUGAGCUCUCAAUCACCUCAGAACAAUGUUGUGAAGGUACUGGAUGGUAUCAGGAAUAUCCUAAGGGAUAUUGAAGAAGAGGCAGAAUCUGUGAAUGUAAACAAAAGUGAACAUAAUGACAUAGUUGAAGUUGCUAUCAAUCAAUGUUCAACGAAACAAGAAAAACCCUUGGUGCCUAUGGAUCAUAGGCUGAAAAAUGCCAUUUUGAAGAUACAUGAGUUUGUCGAGUCACUUAUGAGACAAGCAACUGAGUUCCAUAAUGCAGCAUGUCAGAAGAUACAACAGUUCUCCAGUUUAGUUGAUAAAGCUCUAUCUGAUGGCAAUGGUUUAAAUGAGAUUGUGAUUACAUUAUCUGAAAUCUUACUGGAAAGUGGUGAUGUUAAACUGACGUUGUUGAAACAAAGUGUUAAUGAGGCUGAAAGCAGUAAUGUAGAUUGUGUUGAUAAAGUGACUCUAUUGGAAAACGAGGUGCAUCAUGAUCCAUCACAAGAUAGUGUCUCUGGUGUUUGUUCACUAAUGCUUCAUUCAUCUUCAGAUCCUGAUUUUGAGGGUCUGAGUCCUGGUGAUGCAUUUGAUGUUAAAACUGAAGUGCGGGUAUGCGCGCCAGAGGAAUAUGAAAAACUGAAAUUGGAAAAGAGAAAUUUGGAGAUGGAACUAAUGAUGUGCAAUGAAAUGAUUCAAAGUACAAAUCUCAAGUUUAGCGAGAUGGAGAAAAACCUUGAAGACCUUACAUCGAAGUUGGCUGCCUUUGAGAAAUCAAAUAGCUUGGCUGAGACGCAGUUAAAAUGUAUGGCUGAAUCAUACAAAACACUUGAAUCACAGAAGGUGAAACUGGAAGAAGAAAUAAGAGUUUUACAGACAAAGAUAGAUACUUUAUCUUCUGAACUUGCUGAAGAAAGGCAAAGCCAUCAGGAGGACAUAGCCAAGUAUAGAGAUCUUGAGGAGAAGAUGGAAAGGUAUGAGAACGAGAAGAAUUCCAUAUGUGUAGAUGAGGAUUCAGAUAUCAAAUCGAAGCAGGAGAAAGAGCUAGCUGCAGCAGCAGAGAAACUUGCAGAAUGCCAGGAGACGAUAUUACUUCUUGGGCAGCAGCUUCAAACUCUGCGCCCUCCUUCUCCAGCAGAAUCAUUGGGUUCUGCACUAAACAGACAGCGGGUGGGUCAAUUUCCGGAAGAUCCAGCAGGACCAGCUCAAGGCAUACAUUCUAAGAAGCCAUCAGGUCGAUUUGAUGCCAAUUAUGCAUUCUCAAGUGAGCCGGGAACAGGAAAUGUGUCUCCCCUAAAUGGAUACAACACACACAAAAGCCCCUCCAAUGUAGCUGGGACCCCUUACUUCACUUCACCUAGCAGUUCUAAGCGUCCAAAGCACAGAUCAAGAUCUUCAUCUUCCUCGUUUUCUAACCAGCUACCAGAGAAACAGAGUCGAGGUUUCAGUCGGUUAUUCUCAAAAGGGAAGAGCGAACGCUAGCUGCCUCAUUGUACACAUAUUUUUGGUUUAUUUUCCUGUCAUGGUGAACGUGCGGAUGAUACCUGGGUUUACAGAUUUGUUUUGCUCGCGGAUGAGUUGCACACUUAUAUCCAUAUUCAUUGUGAUAGUUUUAGCCAGUAGCUUGCCUACAGUUUUUCGGGUUGGUGUUUUCUUAUACCUCAGUAGAACCUCACUGUACAUUUGCUUACAAGAGUGAAGAUUGAAGAUGUGGUUUCUUGUGGGUUAGAUUUUCCUUGUGGAGGAUGAAUUAACCUGUGUAUUGUGGCAUACUUAAGUUUGAUGUACAGUUAACCUGCAUAUGUAAUGUGUUUGAAUAAUUAUUAUCCAGCCUUCUCGG